AUGGCUCAGCCGCCCAGCGGUGCCUUCGCAACCUGCCUGAACGACGUGUGCGAUGGCCGGUCAGGGUGCGUAGGCUACCCGAGCGAUAUCCUGUACCAAAUCAAAUGGGUUGAUCGCUAUAACCUCGACAUCAAUCUUGAGCCCGCUGCCGUCACAAGACCCGAAAGUACUGGAGAUGUCGCAGCAUUUGUCAAGUGUGCCUCGGAGAAUAAUGUGAAAGUCCAGGCUAGGUCUGGAGGACAUUCUUACGCAAACCAUGGAUUGGGUGGUGAAGACGGGGCGCUUGUCAUCGAUCUUGAGAACUUUCAGCACUUCUCAAUGAACCCAGAUAAUUGGCAAGCGACAAUCGGAGCAGGCCACAAACUACACGACGUCACCGAGAAGCUCCAUGACAACGGUGGUCGAGCUAUCUCGCAUGGCACAUGCCCAGGUGUGGGACUUGGUGGUCACGCUACGAUUGGUGGCCUCGGGCCUUCAUCACGUAUGUGGGGAUCCUGCCUUGAUCAUGUUGUGGAAGUCGAAGUCGUUACAGCCGAUGGGAAAAUCCAGCGCGCCAGCGAGGACGAGAACUCAGACCUCUUCUUCGCCCUCAAGGGGGCUGGUGCCAGUUUCGGCAUCAUUACGGAAUUCGUCAUGCGCACCAACCAGGAGCCGGGUGAUGUUGUCGAGUACACCUUCUCACUGACCUUCUCCCGUCAUCGUGAUCUAUCCCCUGUAUUUGAAGCGUGGCAAAAUCUGAUUUCUGACCCUGACCUUGACCGUCGUUUUGGGUCUGAGUUCGUCAUGCACGAACUGGGUGCUAUCAUAACUGGCACUUUUUUUGGCACUGAGGCAGAAUUUGAGGCAACAGGCAUUCCUGACCGCAUCCCCACCGGGAAGAAGUCCGUAGUAGUCAACGACUGGCUUGGCUCGGUCGCGCAACAAGCCCAGGAUGCGGCCCUAUGGCUUAGCGAUCUGAGUACCGCCUUCACUGCGAAGAGCUUGGCAUUUACCAAGGACCAGCUCCUCUCUUCCGAAAGUAUCAAGGACCUCAUGGACUACAUUGACGACGCUAAUCGGGGCACCCUUAUCUGGUUUUUGAUUUUCGAUGUAACAGGUGGCCGUAUCAACGACGUCCCGAUGAACGCCACGGCUUACCGUCACCGCGACAAGGUUAUGUUUUGCCAGGGCUACGGUAUCGGCAUUCCAACACUGAACGGCAGGACUCGCGAGUUUAUUGAAGGAAUUAAUUCGUUGAUUAGGUCGAGCGUGGCAACUAAUCUGAGUACCUACGCCGGUGAUCUAUUUUCAAACCCACAAAGCGUACGACCUGGGCAGAAGAGUGUUGUUAAUUAUUUUGAUGACAGAGCGUCAUCAAACGGCUCGGAGGAAUCCAGCGGCGGGCUUAAUGGCGGUACCCGAGAUGAGCGGGGCGGGUGCUGGAGUUGGCAACGCAGCGGAGCUUCUUUUGCUGUUUUCGUUGCCCUGUUCGUCGUUAUGGCUUUGGGGUUUCUCUAA